CUGUAUGAGUGUGGCUAAGAUUUUCAUGCGGCUUACACAAAUGUGCGCAUCUGUCAACCAGAGGUGAACAUGGCAGAGGUCUCGGAGAGGACACUACAAGUCGCCGUCGUGGUUUCUUUCGCCGCCGGCUUCCUGGCGGGCUGGCAGGCCAACAGAAUGAGGAGAAAGUUUCUGGACUGGAGGAAGAAACGGCUGCAAGAAAAACUGUCAGAAACACAGAAGAAGCUGGAUUUGGCCUGAAUGAUUUGGGGCUCUUGGAUUUGAAUGAAUCCUGAAGCUGCUGGAUCCUGGUUGUGCUACAUUUUGUCACUGUGGAGAGGCGACAUACCUGUGUCCUGCACUACCUUCAUUUUCCUUCCAUGCCUUUUAAAUUAAGACUGGACUUGAUGUUUACUAUGUUCUUUGGAAAUCCAACCAUUUCCUACACACAGCCGCCUCUCGUCUGGCCUCAGACACUAAUGUGGAAGAACAUGGGAACUUUGUCUUAGUCUGUUUUCCACCUCAGUGUGUCUCAGUCUUUAUCUGUUUCAUUAUUUGGUCAAAUAAAUUAUGUUUUUCAUGUUUAUCUUA